GCGCUGCGUCUGAGCAACAAGCCCGGAGAAGAUGAGCGGGGCGGAAUAGCAACGGCCGCCUGAACUGCGGGCCCUGGCACACGCACACGCCCGCGUCCCCGCUGGUGCCGCCCGCUCCAGACCCACAAGGAUGCGUCAGGAUGAAACGCCACAGGCAUCUAAGCAGCAGUGACAGUUCAGACAAUGAAAGUCCAUCUACUUCCUUUUCGUUUUGUUCUAAGUAUAGGAGCAAAUCAAAAGCACCAGCAAAUGAGCAAAAGAAACCUGCUGAGGUGUUUCGAAAGGACCUCAUUAGUGCCAUGAAGCUGCCAGAUUCUCAUCAUAUUAAUGCGGAUGAAUAUUACCUCUUCGCGGAUACAUGGAAACAAGAAUGGGAAAAGGGCGUUCAAGUCCCAGCCAGUCCAGAUACCAUUCCACUGCCCUCUCUCAGAGUUGUAGCAGAAAAAGUAAAGCAGGUGCUAUAUACAAGGCCUAGAAAGUACAUUCGUUGUUCAAGUCAAGAACCCACUGAACCUGGUUACAUCAACAUCUUAGAAUUGGCGGAAUCUAUGUGCCGUUAUGACUUGGAUGACAUGGACAUCUUCUGGCUUCAAGAAGUAAAUGAGGAACUUGCUGAAAUGGGAUGUGGGCAGCUUGAUGAGAACACAAUGGAAAGAAUGGUAGAAGUCCUUGAACGUCACUGCCAUGAGAAUAUGAACCAUGCCAUUGAGACAGAAGAAGGGCUGGGAAUAGAAUAUGAUGAAGAUGUCAUUUGUGAUGUUUGUCGGUCACCUGACAGUGAAGAUGGGAAUGAUAUGGUGUUUUGUGAUAAAUGUAAUAUCUGUGUCCAUCAGGCAUGCUAUGGUAUCCUAAAGGUUCCUGAAGGGAGCUGGUUGUGCCGUACUUGUGUUCUAGGUAUACAUCCUCAGUGCCUCUUGUGUCCAAAGAGAGGUGGAGCUAUGAAAGCAACGAGAACUGGUACCAAGUGGGCACAUGUGAGUUGUGCUCUCUGGAUUCCAGAGGUAAGCAUUGCUUGCCCAGAAAGGAUGGAACCAAUUACAAAAGUGUCCCACAUUCCACCAAGUAGAUGGGCUUUAGUUUGCAGCUUAUGCAAAUUGAAAACUGGUGCUUGUAUUCAGUGCUCUGUGAAGAGCUGCAUUACUGCCUUUCACGUCACAUGUGCCUUCGAGCAUAGCCUAGAGAUGAAAACCAUCCUGGAUGAUGGCGACGAAGUCAAGUUCAAGUCGUACUGUCUGAAGCAUAGCAAAACGAAGCAGAACUUGAUGUCUGAUGCAGAUGACUAUCCCAAGUGCACAGUAGACCAGAAGCAGACUGAGAGCGAGAAAACCAGUUUGCGUGCCCAGAAGCUUCGGGAACUGGAAGAGGAGUUCUACUCACUAGUGAGAAUAGAUGAUGUUGCAGCAGAACUGGGCCUCCCUAAGCUCACUGUGGACUUGAUUUAUAAUUACUGGAAAUUAAAACGGAAAAGUAACUUUAAUAAACCUUUAUUUCCUCCCAAGGAGGAUGAAGAAAAUGGCUUGGUUCAGCCAAAAGAAGAUAGCAUUCAUACUCGAAUGAGGAUGUUCAUGCACUUGAGGCAGGAUCUAGAGAGGGUGAGGAAUCUUUGCUACAUGGUAAGCAGAAGAGAGAAGUUAAAACUUUCUCACAGCAAAGCUCAUGAGCAGGUCUUCAAUUUGCAAGUCCAGCUUAUUAAUCAGGAAAUUGCUGCAGGACAUUCUCUGACAAAUGCACUAGAAAACACACUAUUUUAUCCACCGCCUAGAAUCACCUUGAAACUAAAAAUGCCGAAAUCAACACUGGGGGAUUGCAAAAAUAACUUGAAAUCUGCUAACAAGCUCCUUUCUUCCGAAAACAAUUCUACGGUAUACAGCAAAAAGGGUAUUCCAUUAUCUAAGGAGACUUUUGUUUCAAAUAUUAAAUCCUACUCAAGAUUUCAGCAUGAAAAUAGAAUUAAUGGCUUACUGAGUGGGUUUGCAAAGUCUAGGAAUGAAGCAAAAGAUUCUGGACCUGCCCACUCAUCAGACUUCCAUCAUGGGCAGUCAUCUGGGAAACCCUUAGCACUUCAAGCUGCAUUGCAUGGACAGUCUUCCAUCGGGAAUGGGAAAAUUCAGCCGAACACUAAACUAGCCAAGUCAAAUGGCUUAAUGAACAGAGUUGGAGAUGUCACUCAGAGGGAUAGCUCCAGCCAAACCACAUACGAGCAGCAGUCUGUGCUCUCUUCCCACUUAGCUAGCCAGAGCAGCUUCCGAAAAUCCACAAUAGAACACUUUAACCGGUCCUUCAAAGAAGCAACUAACAGUUUGGUGAGGACCACAGAAGAUCUCAGGUGCUGUGAAAAGCCCUCAAGAAGGCUUUCACUGAGGGAUCGUUCAUGGGGCAAGCAAACGCUCGAAUAUCAAAUGGGGAGUGCUCCCUACCAGGACAAUGAUGGGUAUUGCCCCGAUUUGGAACUCAGUGACUCUGAAGCUGAAAGUGAUGAGAAUAAAGGACAACUCAGAUUGAGAAAAAGCAGCUCGGAGAGAGAGAGCCCAAGUCAAGACUUUAAUAGAGAUUGUCACAGUAGGAAUAAAAGAAAUUUGAUUUCCCACAGUUCGGUACAAAGGUGAUUAGAAAUCCUGGACAGUGGGAGCAGUUCAGCCUUUGUAUAUCUAACACGCAAAACUAGGGAAAUUUGCAGGUUAUGCAUUAUGGUGCAGGGCCCAUAAGUGAACAACAGAGGUGUUUUCCUCAACUGUGAAGUGGUUUGCCCUUUUAAGAUUGUUAACUUUUUUUUCUCCCAAGGUCAUUGUGCUCUAAGUAAAGGUUCUUUAAAGUAGCAGUUGCAGAAAAGGUUUUAUCUAUCUGCUUUUCUCUAUAAAAUGUUAUGCAUUGGCUUUUUACUGGCAAACAGUUAUAGAAGGCCCUUCCAUCUUUCUGUGAAAAUCUGCAAGAUGAUCAGACAGUUCUAGCUGUAGCUGUGAUACAGGCUCAUUUCGUAAGAACACUUAAGCAAUCUCUUAAAUGUUUAAGCAACAACAGAGAUGCCUGCGUAUUUGAAAUGGUUUCCUUAAGUGUUUUUCUGGAUUGGGACAUAUAUGACUACUAGAUAGAAAUCAUGUUCUCAAUGAGUUUUAGGACAGACAGUGUAUGAUCCUAAAUCCUUGGAAGAAAGAACCAUUUAAACUCUGGGCUUUGCUUUCAAGUAACAGGCAUAGAAUCAGAGUAUAUGUAAUGGCUCCUCCUAGCCUGCUGAGGUAGGUUUACAAAGUCCAUAUUCAAUGCUGCCAAACACACUGACCUCUAGAUUUUUCCCUUCAUAGUUUGCUCCUUCUAAAGGUUGCAUUUCAUUCACUGUAGUAGUUUGCUUUAUUCUGUAAAUACUCUUUAACUUCCAGUAUUUUUGACUUUUUAAAAAAUUCCUGUGUAUAUAAUAGCUUGUUGUGGGUUGCACUUGUAAAAUAUUUUACCCAGAUAGCCAAUACAGGUGGCUGCUAUGUGGAUAAUGUUUAAUACUAGAAGUACUUAAUCUCUUUAACAUAUUCAGGCAAUCACCGGUGAUGCCAAAUUCUCCCUUGUUGACUCAGAAGGCUUUUUAUUUUUCUUUUAAACUUGGUGCCCACCCCCCAUCCCAACAUACUACUUUUUUCAACUAGCAAAGACUUUGUCAGGUUUCUGACCCAAAAGGUUAAAAAUCAGUGUAUGUAUACACAUCUGCUUAUUGGUUUCCAAGUUCACGUAGUCAAAAAUGGUAAACUGAAAUAAUUUUUUAGGGGAGUAUAAAGGCCACUUUAUUCUUUUUUUUUUUUAAGAAAACAGUUUCUAACAUGUUUAAAACAAAUACAGUGGCCUCAAAGAAUUACUCUUAUUCAUUAUUCCACAUCCUCGAUUUUUAAUUAGAAUAAAACAGAACUGCAGUAUCCAAAAAUCAUUUCAUUAAUAGACUCUUCAUUCUUUGGCUUUGUUAAUGAAAUGCCAUAAUGCAAAGCAAAUGUAAUUUGCAUUAAUUUGAAAUCUAAUAAUUAAUGUGCAGCAAAAACAAGUGAGAGCCACAUCUUUCUUGAAAGCCUUAACAUUAUUUCAUUUAUCUGAGAAGAAUAAAUUCUUGAUGGCAUUUAUAUCCUUCAGGAAUCUGUAAUUUGACCGUUCUAUAUGUUUUGCUUUAAGCAUUCUUGAAAGAUUGGUUUGUUUACUCCUUUUUGUAUGUGUAGUUUUAUGUUUUCAAAGAGAUUUAUUUUUAAGGCAUUUCCUUUGGUGUAAAUAUGCAGUAGCUUUUUUAAAACAAAUAUCUGUUUUGUUUGUUGAGAAAUGGUUGACUUAAGUUGUGAACCAUUCAGAAUGGUGCUGAUAAUGUUCACUUCUCUAUACAUUGGUUCUAGUUCUCUUUUUAAUAUAUAUUUAUUGUUACUUCCUGGUCAUGAAAGUAACAGAACUGAACUUGGGAACAACUCUUUCAGUGGCCAGGAAGAGAAAACAUAAUCAUGGUUCAUCCUCUCCAGUGGUAUGACAAUAAUAUAAAGGGUGGAAGAAGGUGCUUCAGCAACAGUCUUGCUGGUUUAAAGGUGAUGACUCAAUUAUACCAGUUCAGGCAAUAGUGUUUCUGAUUUGUUAGUUUUACAUGAUUUUUAAUAGAUACGUGAAGGACCCUAUGGCUGCAUAGCUUUCAAGUAUCUGUUUCCAAAGUAUGUUUGCUAGUUUUUACAGUGUGUUCAGUGGCUAACUUUGAAGUAUUACCUCUUAACCUAAUUUGUUGUCUUGUUUUGCUUUAUAUUAAAUAUAUAUCUAUAGAUAUAUAUAUAGAUAUAUAUAUAUUCAAUUUUUAAAAAAUGGACUGUCUUUUUCAGACGUCCCCUUUUUACAGUACUUUUUUCAUUAAAUUAUAAACUGCUAACCAAAUCUUCUUCAUUGUGAUCUUUUGAGGACUAAUAUUUGUGGGAAAGUUGCAGAACAAAUACAUUGUUUGUUGGAGCUGUUUGAGUAUUCUAUCGCUGAAGGAGUUGUAAAAUUCCUAUAUACAAAGCAAAUAAGUCAAUUCUGGUGCUAUUCAGAACCUAGAUUUUUUCAUAUAUAUUAUUAUACAGGACAGCCUACUUACAAGUGCAAGGACAUGUUCCAUGUAGGAGUUUGGUAAUGUCUGAAUUAUAUUUAUAGGGCUGCAACAGGAUUAAAUGUAUUUUAAUUGGCUAAUUUUACAAGUUUGAUUAAUCUGUUGAUUUAUUUUUAUACAACACACACACAUACCUCUUGUACCAAAUCCUGUCUUACAAAAGGUGUAUCUUCCUAUAUGAUGGAAGAGGGGGGAAUCCCCUUUAAGAUAGUGCUUGUCAUCUACAGUUUUAUUAAACUGCAUUAACUUUUUUAAA